AUGUCCCUCCCCAACGGCCAGCACGCAUGGCAACCGCCCUCUCUCCAUCACCAAUCCUCCAGUCGCUUGUUCCAUCAACUUGAUGAUGGUUCCCAGCGAACUGGAACCCCCGUCGACAACUCCAUGGCUUUGAUGCCUGAGGCACAACCUGAUAUUGAAGAUGAGCGACGCCGCGCCUUGUUCAAGGAUCUCUAUCACAAGAGCGAGUCAAAGAUCUCGCUGUUAUUUGCUGAUGACGGUUCAUACAACUAUCCCGCCAUCGAUGCCCUUCGCCGCCCCUCCGCCCCCUCCCCCUCCAUCUUACCCCCUACCACCGACCAUGCGCCGAUCCAGGAGCCUCCAUUAAAGAAGGCCAAGCGGGUCAUCGACGAAGACGACUAUGGCGAUGACGACGACGAAGACGAUGAAGACGCGACGGAUGCCGACGCGCACAAGUCGAAGAACGGCACCGCGGCUGCCGGCGCCGGCUCCCUCCUCUCCCCCUCCAAGUCCGGCAGUUCGCCCGUGCACUCCGUGAGCUCACCCGGCAAGCAACUCGAUAAACUCAAACAAGCCGACGGGUCCCAGGACCUCGCAAAGACCAGCGAGGAUGCGCGCAAACAGUUACAAGAGGCGCGCAACGCGACCGAGGAGGCCGCCAGACGCAGCUUCCAUACAGUAUUCUAUACCCUCGAAAACGACCGCACCGCCAUGCUCGAGCAGCAACAGCUGGAAGAAUCAGAAAAGCAGUUGCAGGCAGAGAUGGAAAACAACAAUAACCAUACCACUACCAACGGCGCCCAAGCCGAGAACCACGGCUCGCUCAGCAGCGCCAACCUCGGCGCGUCAAGUCUGACCCUCAAGCAUCUGAUUGCGAGGAUAGACUUGAAACGCGACCAAGUUCGCGCAUCAGACGCGGAACUGCGAUCAUUGAUGAACGAAGUACGAAAGAACCGAAGUAAAUGGGCGAGCGAAGAGAACGUCAACCAAGAAGAGUUGUACGAAGCCGUCGAGAAGGUCUUGACAGAAUUGAAGGCACAUACGGAAUACUCGACGCCCUUUUUGCAAAGGGUGAACAAGAGGGAUGCGCCUGAUUACUACAUACUGAUCAAGCAACCGAUGGACCUGGGAACCAUGACCAAGAAGCUCAAGUCUCUCACGUACAAAUCCAAGGCGGAUUUCGUCACCGACCUUAACCUGAUAUGGGACAACUGCCUGAAAUACAACCAAGACAUGGGACACCCUCUCCGCCGCAUGGCCAAUGGAAUGAGGAAGGAGGCAGAGAAGCUUAUCCCCCUCAUCCCAGACCUUGUCAUUAGGCCACGAGCCGAGGUCGAGGCCGAAGAGCGACGGAAGCAGAAUGGCGGCGAAGAAGACGGCGGUGAUGACUCAGACGACGAGCCGAUCAUGUCAUCUCGUGGGCGUACAGCAGGCACCAAGGGCGGCAAGUCCAGAAAACAGCCAGCCGACCAGAAAGAGGGCACACCGAGUGUCGAUCAGAAGCCGCUGCUCCAACUCAACGGUCUGCUUGCCAAGGGACGGGAAGGCUCCGAGGCCGUCGACGGUAGCAAUGGCUUCGGUACACCAAUUGGCGGGUCAGCCACCCCUGGCGGCAUCAACGGGCACUCCGGCAUCGGUAGCAACGCCGACGCCAUGGACAUUGACGGACCGACCCUGAACGGUAUGGCCUUAGGGCAGGCGCUCAACGAGGCAGCAGAACAGGCUUACGAGGACGACGAGUAUAAGAUCUGGAAGCAAGUUACCAAGAAGGAUCGUGCGCUCAUCGCCAAGGAGCGGUACCAGCUCUUCAAGGACAACAGGCUCAAUGUCGACGCACCUGCACUCCUCCGAAACAAGGCAGGCAUUCGAUGGUACUUGAGGAACCAGAAAGAGGCCGAGUCCUUGGGCGUCAUCAGCCACUCUGCCGACUCUUCAGCCAUCGCCGCCAAGGAAGCAGCAAAGCCUGCCGAGACUCUUGCGGAGGGCAUGGAAGGCGAAGAGGAGAAGGUCGUUCCCGCGUACUACGAGCCUCUGACGGUCAUCCCCGACAUCCAGCCCAAGCUGCAGUGGAUCGAGGACGGCGAGGGUCACGUCAUUAACCAGCACGAGGAAUAUCUUCGGCUGAUCCCUGAAGGCCACUUUGUUGCGCCCAAGAGCAAGUUGACCAGCAAGAUCGACACCAACAUUCGUCAAAUCCAAGAGACGAGGAAACUGUCGAGCAAGAUCGGCGUGAUUAAGCAGAUGCAGAUUCAGACUCAGGUUUACAACAACCAGUUUCCCAAGUCCAACUACGAGGCGUUUGUCGAGCAGGACGCCGAGCCCUCUUUCAUCGCCGACGACGGGCCCGUCAUUGCCCCGGAGACCUGCCACAAUGCCCUGCAGCGGUCCGUGGCCAAGAUCCUCUACCACACCGGUUUCGAAGAGCUCCAGCCUUCUGCCAUCGACACUCUGACCAGCAUCGCGUCCGACUAUUUCGAGAAGCUCAUCCACACGUUCAAUGUCUAUCGGGAAGCUGAGAAGAAGGAAGCAGUUCGUUCUGAACACGGACCUCGAUUCCAGAACCGCUUCACUCCUGAGGAGGUCAUUUUGCAUACCCUGGACGAGAACGGCUGCGAUUUGGUCAACCUGGAGUCUUAUGCGAAGGACGAUAUCGACAGGCUGAGCACGAAGCUUGGCGGUAUUCACGAGCGCAUGAAGCUGCAUCUGACCGAGCUGCUGCGUCCUGCCCUUACCCAAGAAGCUGGCCAGGACGGAGUCGGAGCCUUCAAGGACGGCAGCGAGCAGUUCGUUAGUGGCGACUUCGCAGAGGAUCUUGGUGAAGAUUUCUUCGGAUUCAAGGCGCUCGGUCUGGACAAGGAGAUGGGUCUUGAUGUGCUCUCGGUUCCUCUUCACUUGCUCCAGUCUCGCGUGCGCAACCAGUACCAGAUGCAGACACAGACCACCGGCACCGAGGUCACAGACUUGUUCGACUCGCUGCCGCCUGUGGACCCCGUCACUACGGACAACAUCCACGGGCAGAUUGGCUUGAUCAAGAACUUCUUUCUCGCCAAGUUGCAUGCCAAUAGCGACGCUCCCCUCGUCGAAGACGAGGAGCUGCCUGUCAAACAGAGGAGGCCUCGCCCGCGUCUUGGUGCAUCCGGAAAGAUUGUCUCUCCGCAGAAGCGACCUCCCAAAGAACAGAUCGCCCUCGCCAAGAAGAAGAAGAAGAUGGAGUUGGCGGCGCAGGCUCAGAAAGAGCAAGGUGCCGUCAACGCUUCUCCCGAGAAGGGCGGCAACACCACGCCGGCGAAGAAGGUCAAAAAUGUCAACAUCAACGGUACAGGCCCCAACCCGGCUGCAAUCGCCCUUCCCCCUAGCAUGGAGCGGAACGAGAGCGUGCAGAGCCAGGGCAAUGCCAGUCAGACCGACAAGGAUGAGGGCAUGGGCAUGAUGAGCCCCGAAAGCAUUGAGAGGUGA